AGAUGCAAUGGAUGAUGAGAUUAAGUCCAUUGUGAAGAACAAAACAUGGGAGCUAGCCACACUUCCAUCAAAUCAUAAAGCAAUUGGAGUGAAGUGGGUAUUUAAGAUCAAGAAAAAUGCAAAAGGGGAGGUUGAGAAGUACAAGGCAAGACUAGUAGCCAAAGGCUACGCCCAAAGACAUGGCGUUGAUUAUGAAGAAGUUUUUGCGCCCGUUGCUAGAUUGGAAACAAUAAGAUUGAUAAUUGCACUCGCGGCUCACAACAAGUGGAAGAUACAUCAAAUGGAUGUCAAGUCCGCAUUCUUAAAUGGGUUCCUAGAAGAAGAAGUCUACAUUGAGCAACCCGAAGGUUACAAAGUCAAAGGGCAAGAAGAUAAAGUGUUAAGGCUAAGAAAGGCUCUUUAUGGGCUUAAACAAGCACCAAGAGCUUGGAAUAGUAGAAUUGACCAGUACUUCCAAGCUAAUGGAUUCAUGAAGUGUCCACAAGAACAUGCACUAUAUGUAAAGAAAAAUCGUCAAGGAGACAUAUUGCUCGUGUGCAUAUACGUGGACGAUCUCAUCUUUACAGGUAAUAAUAUGACGAUGUUCGAUGAGUUUAAACAAGUCAUGACAAGGGAGUUCGAGAUGACUGACAUUGGGCUUAUGAGUUACUAUCUUGGCAUCGAGGUGAAGCAAAUGGAUGAUGGUAUAUUCAUCACUCAAGAAGGAUACGCGAGAGAAGUACUCAAGAAGUUCAACAUGGAGGACUCCAAACCUAGAAGUACUCAAGAAGUUCAACAUGGAGGACUCCAAACCUGUAAGUACACCUGUUGAAAGUGGACUAAAGCUAUCAAGGUAUGAUAAAGGAAAAUUGAUUGAUCCAACUUACUUUAAGAGUCUUGUGGGGAGCUUAAGAUACUUAACAUGUACAAGACCGGAUAUUCUCUUUGGUGUUGGACUUGUUAGUCGAUUCAUGGAGGCCCCUACAACAACUCAUUUGAAGGCGGCAAAAAGAAUUUUGCGAUAUCUCAAAGGCACCGCCGAAUAUGGGUUGUUUUACUCUUCAUCUGAUGAGUUUAAGCUGGUUGGAUAUUGCGAUAGUGAUUGGGGUGGAGAUAUCGAUGACCGCAAGAGCACAACUGGGUUCGUGUUUUACCUGGGAAACACCGCUUUCACAUGGGUUUCAAAGAAGCAAUCGAUAGUCACUCUGUCCACUUGUGAAGCCGAGUACGUUGCAGCAACAUCAAGUGUUUGUCAUGCAAUUUGGCUCAGGUACAUAUUGCAAGCUCUCAGCAUGUCUCAAGAAGAAGCAACAACAAUAUUCGUGGACAACAAGUCAGCUAUCGCAUUAGCAAAGAAUCCAGUUUUUCAUGAUCGAAGUAAGCACAUAGACACUCGAUAUCAUUUCAUUCGGGGAAAGAUAGCGAAGAAGGAAGUUCAAGUAGAGUAUGUGAAGACUCAAGACCAAGUCGCUGAUAUUCUCACAAAGCCACUCAAGCAUGAUGUCUUUGCAAAGAUGCGGGAUCUACUUGGUGUUGCUAAGUCAAGUUUAAGAGGGGAUGUUAGAAAUUAAACUUGGCUUAGCCCAAUCAUUGGGUCCAUUAGAAGUUAACUUAUUGGGCUAGUAGUUGUAUGAGAAAUAAUAAAUUAGUUAGCCCAUAAGUUAGAGUUAGUAAAGAAAGGUCUAGAGUACUCUUUAGUUAAUGUACUUAUUAAAU